AUGGAAGAUGAACUUAGUGCUCUCACUCACAAUCAAACAUGGGAACUAGUUCCUAGACCAUCUGCUACUAAUGUGGUUGGAUCCAAAUGGGUUUUUCGGAUCAAAUAUCAUUCGGAUGGCUCCAUUGAUAGGUUCAAAGCACGCCUUGUUGCCAAAGGCUAUACUCAACUAUAUGGACUUGAUUUUAAUGACACAUUUAGUCCAGUUGUUAGAGCUUCUACAGUUCGCAUUGUACUCUCUAUUGCAAUAUCUCGUGGCUGGAACAUACGUCAACUUGACGUUAAAAAUGCAUUCUUGCAUGGUCUUCUACAAGAAGAGGUUUAUAUGGAACAACCAUCAGGAUAUAUUGAUGCUUCCCAUCCAAAUCAUGUUUGUCGUCUCAAGAAGGCAAUCUAUGGUUUGAAACAAGCACCGAGAGCAUGGUUCCAUCGCUUUAGCCAUUUUUUAAUCAAAAUUGGUUUCAAUGGCAGCAAAGCCGAUUCUAGUUUAUUUGUUCAUUCAUCAGACAAUGGCAUCAUUUACUUACUCUUAUACGUGGAUGAUAUUGUCAUCACAGGUAGCAAUGUGUCUCUCAUUGACACUUUCAUUAACAAGCUACGGCAAGAGUUUUCUAUGAAGGAUCUUGGCAAUCUAAAUUAUUUUUUGGGCCUAGAAGUAACUCAUUCUAAAAAGGGAAUGUUCCUCAGCCAAGUGAAGUAUGCAAGAGAUAUUCUUAUCCGAACUGAUCUCCAUGAUUCAAAGCCAAUUGCAACACCAAUGAUUGUCUCCAAUCAUUUGACUACUGAUGGUCCUCUCUUUCAUUCACCAACAACUUAUCGAUCCCUUGUUGGUGCACUACAGUAUCUCACCAUUACUCGGCUGAAUAUCACACAUGUAGUAAAUUCAGUAAGUCAAUUCAUGCAUUCACCAAGAGAACAACAUUUUCAAGCCGUAAAAAGAAUUCUCAGAUAUGUUAAAGGAACUCUUCAUUUCGGACUCAACAUCAGUCCAUCAAGCAAUCUCAACAUCUCGGCUUUUUCAGAUGCCGAUUGGGCUGGUUGUCCAGAAACUAGUCGAUCAACAUCAGGAUAUGCCAUUUUUCUGGGUAACAAUUUAAUCUCAUGGACCUCCAAAAAGCAGUCCACAGUAUCUCGAUCUUCGGCAGAAUCUGAAUAUAGAGCAUUAGCACUCACUGCAGCUGAAGUUAAAUGGUUGUUAAACAUUCUUCAUGAUUUACAAAUUCAACCACCAGAACAGCCAACUUUACUUUGUGCAACACAAGUGCCAUUUUCAUGA